AUGAGGGAGGACCGCGGCGGCGAUAUGGCGGAGGAGGAGAGGGAGAGGGAUUUGGGCGACAUCGUGCUCUCCUGGUCGGUGCAGGAGAUCAUUAACGACGAUCUCUACAAGGGGAAGGUGGAGAAGAUCCCUUUCAGCUUUAGUUCUCUUGAUGACUACUUGACGUCAUAUAUUGCACCGCUGAUAGAAGAAACAAGAUCAGGUCUAAGCUCAUGCCUUGAGCAAAUCGCAGAAGCACCCUCUUCGAAAAUACUUUCCAUGGAAGUUGCAGGGAAAUCAGGACUGUAUUUUAUGGAUGUUGACUUUUGGGACAAUGGUGCUGGUUUUUCUACCGAGACCUACACUGCUAGGAACGGUGAUAUAUUUAUUUUGUCCAGCAUGAAGCCUGAAGCUGCAGAUGACUUCAACCGCUAUGGUUUAACAUAUUGCUUGGCAAUGGUUACUGAAGUUUCCAUGAAUGAUGAAUAUCAGAAGGGCUUCAAAGUGAAAGUCUCAAAUGAUACUGGUUUAGAAGGAAACUUUAGUAAACUUGUGCAUGCAACAUUUCUUGAUAAUAUAAUGACAAACAUACGGAUAUGGAAAGCACUUUGCUUCGAUUCAAGCAUGAAUAAUAAUUUCACAAUAAUCAGGUCACUUUUAGCCCCCAGAAAUAUGGGUGAAGAUGUCUGUUCUGUCUGUGCUAAAAAGGAUGACUGUUUAACGUCUUUUGCAGAGCAGCUACUGCUAGUUAAUCUAAAUCAGUCACAAGUGGAUGCCAUUGAAUCUAUCAUCUCAGCUGUACGAUGUAGACAUUUGAACCUAAUGAAACUUAUAUGGGGUCCACCAGGUACUGGAAAGACCAAGACUGUUAGUGCUAUACUGUGGGCUCUGGCUUGUUUGAAAUGCCGAACUCUUACAUGUGCUCCCACAAAUGUUGCUGUUGUUGGUGUCUGCACUCGAUUCCUUCAAAAUUUGAAGGAAUUCAACAAGCAGAUUGACAAAACUGGUCUACCUCUUUCUCUUGGAGAUGUUUUGUUAUUAGGGAACAAGUACAACAUGGACAUCACUGAGGAGCUCCAGGAAGUUUUCUUGGAUUAUCGUGCAGAUGAGCUUACAGAGUGCUUUUCAUCAUUGUCUGGAUGGAGGUACAUAAUUGCUUCAAUGAUAUCUUUUUUUGAGGACUGUGGUUCUCGAUACGAUAUGCUUCUUGAGGAUGACGGAAGCAGUGAUUCUGUAUGCUUUUUGGAUUUCCUGAAGAAGCAAUUUGAUGUUUCAGCAAAAGCUGUAAAGAAAUGCAUGAUGACUUUGUGGGUUCACCUUCCAGGAAAGUGCUUUUCACAUGAAAAUGUCAGCAAUAUAUCUAUGGUGUUGAGUUUGCUAGAAAAAAUUGAUGCCCUUUUAUGUGAUGGAGAUCUAACUGAUGAGAGUGUGAAAAGGGGCUUUGAUUUUCGAUCAACUGAGAACUCUAUUUAUGCAGAGCCAAUAUCUUACAUUGAGAAGGAAUUAGGUGGAGCAAGGUCUCUAUGCCUUAAAUUGCUGAAAGAUCUUCAAAAUUCACUUAAUUUACCUGUUGGUAAAGACAGGAAUUGGAUUCAGAACUAUUGCAUGCGUAAUGCAACUCUAAUUUUCUGUACAGCCUCUAGUUCUUAUCGGUUGCAUAACGCAGAGAUUGCUCCGCUUGAUGUGUUGAUUGUUGACGAGGCUGCUCAAGUGAAAGAAUGUGAAUUGGUGAUCCCACUACGUUUGCGUUGGUUGAAACAUGUUGUUUUGGUGGGGGAUGACUGCCAGCUGAGGCCACUGGUUAGAAGCCAAGUAUGCAAGGAAGCUGGAUUCGGAAUCAGUCUUUUUGAGAGAUUAGUCAUACUGAAUUUUGAAAAGCAUUUGUUGAAUAUACAGUAUCGCAUGAGUCCUUGUAUCAGCUUAUUUCCAAAUGCUAAAUUUUAUGAGAAAAAGAUUUUAGAUGGUCCAAAUGUCCAUUCUUCUUCCUACAACAAGGAUUACACUGGCCUUCUUUUUGGUUGCUAUGCUUUCAUAAACAUCACAGAUGGGAGGGAAGAAAAGGAAGGUGCAGGAAACAGUUGGCGGAACCUGGUUGAAGUUGCUGUUGUUUUGCACUUGAUCCAAACCAUCUUUAAAUAUUGGAGAAAGAGGGGCCAAGGGAUUAGCAUUGGUGUAGUUUCACCUUACAGUUCUCAAGUUGCUGCUAUCAAAGAUAGACUUGGCAAAAAGUAUGAUACAUCUGACGGCUUUCAUGUCAGGGUCAAGUCAAUUGAUGGUUUCCAAGGAGAAGAAGAUGACAUUAUCAUACUAUCAACAGUUAGAUCCAAUGAGAGGGGCAAUGUUGGAUUUCUUGCUGACAACCAACGAACAAAUGUUGCUCUUACAAGAGCAAGGCAUUGUCUUUGGAUUCUUGGGAAUGCUAAUACACUGUAUAAAAGUGGGACAGUAUGGACAGAUCUUGUUGCUGAUGCGGAGAGACGUAAAUGUAUUUCCAGUGCUACUAAUGACCCAGAAUUGUGUAAGUUGAUUUUGCAUGUAAAGAGUGAACUUGAUGAACUCGAUGAUCUACUUUGUUCCAACUCAGCAGUUUUCAGCAAUACCAGAUGGAAGGUCGUUCUGAGUGACAACUUUAGAAGGUCUUUCAUGAAACUAAAAUCUCCACUGCUAAGGAGGGAGGUGCUCCAAAAGCUUGUUAAACUUGGUGGUGGUUGGCGGACACCUAUAAAGAAUCUUGAUGUCACUGAUGCUUUCCAGCUUGCAAAAGCAUACAGGAUCAGAGAUCUGUAUCUUGUUUGGAGUACUGAUCUGGAGAAAAACGAAAGAUACUUCCAGAUAAUAAGAGUAUGGGACCUUUUGUCACACCAACACGUUGCUAGAACUGUUCAACAUCUGGAAAAUCUCUUCUCCAUGUACACAGAUGAUUACCUUGACCACUGCAGAAGAGUGCAGAUAAAAGCGAAGCUGGAAGUUCCUAUAGUUUGGGAUGCCGAACAUGAUAUUGUUCGGUAUAAGAAGGACUGCAGAGUUGAUGAUCAGGAAGAUCAUGAUCACGUGGACACCUCAUGUGACUUGGAGAAUACAAAAGUUAGUGAAAGCUUCUUGCUGAUGAAAUUUUACUCUUUAUCAUCUGGUGUGGCAAAGCAUUUGCUGACAGCUACUGAUGGGACUGAAAUUGAGAUCCCCUUUGAACUGACUGAUGAAGAGGAGGUGAUAAUUCGAUUCCCACUCACUAGUUUCAUUCUUGGGAGGUCAGGCACUGGGAAAACCACUGUUUUGACAAUGAAACUGUAUCAAAUUGAGCAACACUCCUUGAUUGCAUCUCAAGGGAUAGAGUUGGACGAAGUUGAUUUAUCUGUGGCUGAUCCCAAAAAUUGGUUGGCAAUGGACACAAGCAAAAGAGAGAGUUUUGUAAAACAAGUCCUUAUCACUGUAAGCCCUAAGCUUUGUUCAGCCAUAAAAAAUCACAUUUGCAGGCUUAAAAGGUUUGGCUCUGGCGAGGUUUCUGACCAGCCCAACACUCUUCAUAUGCAUGAUGUAAUUGAUGACCUCGAAGAGUUUACAGAUGUACCUGAUAAUUUUAGUGAUCUACAGCACGAGCACUAUCCUCUUACGAUAACAUACCGUAAAUUCUUGAUGAUGCUUGAUGGAACAUUGCAGACUUCAUUUUUUGAUAUGUUCUAUGGAGAUUUCAAGCCUAGCAUUGAGAGAGGUCAUUCCAAAACUCGAGCCUUGCAAGCUUUUAUUGAAUCAAAAGAAGUUACAUUUGAGAAGUUCGCUGCUUUCUAUUGGCCCCAUUUCAAUGGAGAAGUAACGAAGAAACUUGAUGCAUCCACUGUCUUUACUGAAAUAAUUUCUCACAUAAAGGGUGGAUACAAAGCUAACAUGCCGUGCAAUGGCAAACUUGAAAGGCUUGAUUAUGUGAUGCUCUCUGAUAAAAGAUUUUCAUCUCUGAACAGUAAAAUGCGAGAGAAAAUUUAUGAUGUUUUCCUUGAUUAUGAGAGUAUGAAGCGCACUGCUAGGGAAUUUGAUAUGUCGGAUUUUGUCAACAGUCUUCACAGAAGUCUAGUUUCUGAGGGCUACGAUGGGGCUUUAGUGGAUUUCAUUUACAUAGACGAGGUGCAGGAUCUUACCAUGUCACAAAUAGCACUUCUCAAGUAUGUCUGCAGAAACUUUAAGGAGGGCUUUGUUUUUGCUGGUGACACGGCACAAACUAUAGCAAGGGGUGUUGAUUUCAGGUUUGAAGAUGUUCGCUCACUGUUUUAUACCUCAUUUCUCUCAGAAACUGAAGCAUGCAACCAAGUAACUAAACAUGGAAAACAGGCUCGUCUCACGGAUAUGUUCCAACUAAGUCAGAACUUUCGCACGCAUUGUGGUGUUCUUCGUAUGGCUCAGAGUAUAAUGAGCCUUCUGUACUACUUUUUUCCGUCAUGUGUUGACAAGCUUAAUCCAGAAACUGGGCUUGUAUAUGGUGAAGCACCUGUUCUCCUCGAGUCUGGUAAUGAUGAGAAUGCAAUUAUGGCUAUUUUUGGAGAAAGUAGAGGUGAACAUGGUGACCAGCAUGGGUUUGGUGCUGAGCAAGUCAUAUUGGUCCGUGAUGAUGCAACGAAGAAACAAAUUGUUAACCUUGUUGGUAAACAAGCUCUUGUCUUGACUAUUGUUGAAUGCAAGGGCCUUGAAUUCCAGGACGUGCUGCUCUACAACUUUUUCAGUUCAUCACCAUUACGGAACAAAUGGAGGGUUGUAUAUGACUACAUGAAAACAAGAGAUGUUAUGUCAUCAUCUGAAGUUAUAUCUCAUCCGGGUUUUGACAGAAACAAGCAUUAUCUACUAUGUUCAGAACUGAAGCAGCUCUAUGUCGCAAUCACACGAACUAGGCAAAGACUCUGGAUAUGUGAAAAUGCCGAUGACUACUGUCAACCGAUGUUCGACUAUUGGAAGAAAUUGUGCAUUGUAGAGAUUAGACUACUUGAUUCUUCACUGAUUCAAGCAAUGCAGACAGGGAGCAGUGCUGAUGAUUGGAGGCUAAGAGGUACCAAGUUAUUUAAUGAGGGGCAAUUUGAGAUGGCUACAAUGUGCUUUGAAAAGGCUGGUGAUGCAUAUAGAGAGAAAUGGGCAAGAGCUGCUGGACUACUUGCAACUGCUGACCGUGUCAUCUCCACAAAUUUGGAAAUGGGCCAAGCUUCCUUGCAGAAGGCAUCGGAGAUUUAUGAGUCUAUUGGCAUGCAUGAGAAAGCUGCCACUUGCUACAUCAAACUAGGUGACUACAAAAGAGCAGGGAUGUUGUAUAUGGAAAAAUUUGGAACUAAAAGGCUUGAAGAUGCCGGAGACUGUUUUGCUAUUACUGAAUGCUGGACACUGGCAGCUGAAGUUUACUUCAAAGCUAGAUGUUAUACAAAGUGUUUCUCCUGCUGCUCUAAAGGUAAAGAAUUGUAUCUGGGCCUGCAAUUCCUGCGACAGAUAGAAAAGGAACAGUGUGAGAAUUUUAACUCAGACUUCGCUGCUGUUAGAAAGACAUAUCUAGAAAAUUGUGCUCUGCAUUAUUUUGAACGUGGGGACAUAAAGCACAUGAUGCCAUAUGUCAAGGAUUUCAACUCUAUGGAUCAUAUUCGUGCAUUCUUGAAUUCUAGGAAUCUUUUGGAUGAACUGUUGAGUAUAGAGAUGGAAAUGGGCAAUUUCCUUGAAGCUGCAGAUAUAGCAGAGCGUAAAGGUGAUGUCUUAUUGGAGGUAAACAUACUAGAGAAAGCAGAGUCAUUUGUGAAUGCUACACAGCUUCUCCUCCUCUAUAUCACAGCGAAUUCCUUGUGGUCUCCAUACAGUAGAGGAUGGCCUCCAAAAAGUUUUGCAGAGAAGGAACAAUUGCUUACAAAAGUUAAAGAAAUGGCGAAGAAAGUAUCUGAGGACUUUUUCUGCUUUGCUUGCUUUGGAGCAGACUUGUUGUCAGAUUCCCAUAAAUCUCUUGCCAGCUUGACCUAUAGCUUGCUUGAGGGUAAAAAAUGUGGAAACUUGUUAAUUGAACUUAUUUCUGCUCGUUACAUUAUUGAUGUUCAUCUUCAGUCUCAAACCUCUGGAUAUAAUCUUGAGUUAGAGCCAGGAUUUGAAGAUGAGCUGUGUUAUAAUAUGCUGGCUUGUAAUCAGAUGUCAUUGGAAACACUGGCCUGUAUUUGGAACCAGUGGAGAUUAAUUUUAGUCAAAGUGCUUGCUCAUCUUUAUCCCUCUGAGGAUCUGAAAUCAAAUGAUUCUGCAGCUAUGUGUGAAGAUCUUUGUGCUAAAUUCUUCGGGUUGAGAAAAGACAGUGGUAAUCGAUAUGUGGUACUUAAUAUGGACUCUGGUUGGCUUACUAACACAGGUAGAAGUUCUUUGGAACAAGAUGGCAACAGAUGUUGGCUGGAUACUGUCCAUUGUCAGUCAUGUGCUCGGAAUUUUCUGGUAAAUGAGCUUUCUUCUGUUGGCCUUAGUGUCCUCCAUAAGUUGGCGUCUAUUAUUGAAGCUUCUAGGAAGAAAGCAUCAUCUCCAUAUUCCCAGUGGAGAAGUACUGUUAUCAUAUAUGAUAUAGCAAUGUUUCUAAAAGACUCUGAGUGCUGUAUGGCAAAAUCUUCCAAAAAGUUAAGAAACCCCUUCAUUCUCUGUGAACAGAACUUUUUUGAAUUACUUUUCCGGACCUGGGGGGAUGAGACAGCAGAGAGCUUUUUCUAUAUACUUGACUCACCUCCUGCAUAUGGUUUGAUUGUGGAUUCUCUUGGCUCACAUACUAGGGCAGGGAAUCGGAAUUUGACUCAUGGGCAUCUUGGAAGAAUAGCCAUGUAUCUGCUCUACACAGCAAAAUCUGAUGAUAUGCUGAAUUUAAGACUUGAACAAUACCUGAAUCGUGACUCUGAGUGGGCAUAUUUCUUUCAAUCUUUGAAGAUAUUUCUUGACAGUGGUGUUGAAAGAUGCUCAUUGGUCAAGAACUUUAAACUGGCUCUUGAAUUCACUUUCGAUGCAAGCUGGAGGAGUGAGACAGAUUAUAUGUCCCCAAUAUGCUAUAUGAACCUAAUGGAAUGCCUUGGUUUCUUUGCAUUGUCCUGUUAUAUGCUUAAUGGUUGUGUGCUCUGCACAAAAUCUCUGUUGGUGAAGAUGCUAAAGUGCCGUACAAGCAAGGCUUACCUAGGUGCUUGCCUGGUUUCUGGUCCAGGUGACCAGGAUUUGGAUCUUGACCAUAUGGCAUUCGCAUCAGGACGAUUCAUACGCCGGUCAAUUAUGGAUAUUUUGGCUAACAAGCAAGCUAUUCAAGAGUGGGUUAGGAAAACAACGCCAGCUAUUACAUACGUUCCAGUCCUUCUGAGACUAGUAAUCAUGCUUUAUAUGGUGACUCUAACUCUUCAGUUUGGGGACUGCUAUGAGGUCACAACUUUCCUUUAUAAGUGCAGAAUUUUUAAGGAUUUACCUCCCGAUUUCUCUAAGAAGAUUGUACCUACCCUGAAUUUUAAGUCUGGCACAGUAACCCACUUCACAAGAAUAUUUGGUGAUGCACUUGCGGCAAUUGGAAAUCCCAUGGUCGUUCUUGGUUUGCCCAAAGGCCCACUAAUCAGCCAAGGCUUAAAUGCUUAUAGAAUUAGCAACACGGAUUUGAGUGAUGUUAACAAAGUAAUAGCAUUACUUUGUCCAGAACAGAAAUCUCCCAUGCAAAAAGGUACAAAAACCUGGAAUGUUACUUCUGGAAAUUUGCCUAUUGCUAGAAUACAAGAUAAUGAGAUGGUUAGUAGAAUUGAAAUGCAUUUGAGUGAUGAGAGUAUUUCCUUUUGGGAGAAGUUUGAGUCGUUUCAAGUCUUCAUGCAUGGCCAGAAGGAUGCAAUGGUUAUUAUUCAAUUCCUUGAAAAUCUUCUUUCUUGGCUGGAGCUACGAGACCCUCCGGAAAAUAUAGAUGCUCAAUUAUUCGAAGAGGUCAGGCACAUCUGCAGUCAAUUUCAAGAGAAGUAUUUUAGGGAUAAGAAAGCUUGUCUGACUGUCGAGGACCUUUACUCGAUGUGGAAUGAUGGCGAGAAAAAACUGCAGAAGAUCAUCAGUUUCCUGCGCCAUGAGAAAGCUUCCGGAAAAGAAUCUGUCAGAAUGAAGGACAAAGCACCUGCUGCCCAAUUCCCCACGGACAUGGGUGAUGAAUGGAGUGGAUGCUCAGAUAAUGAACCUGACACAGGCGGAAGUGACGCGGUGGAACCCGCCAAGGAAGAAGCACCGGUGUCCUGCACGACUUCAAAAAAGAAAGCCCAGAAUCAGAAGAACAAGAAGAAAUCGAAGAAGAAGCGCGGUGGCAAGAAGUGA